CGCCGACUUAUGCUUAAAAGCACUCUAUGCUACGUUCUCCAAAAAUCGUUGAAUUAUCGUCGAUUGAAGAGCAAUCAGCAAUCAGCAAUCAUAGUAAAUUCAAAGCGAACUAGGACUUUCCAGAAUGACCCGAGGGAACAAAGAACAAUCCAAGGUUAUCUACAAAGGUCGGACUCAAGACUUUGUCAUAAUGGUUGAAAAUACUGCUGCUGUUCAGAGCUGGAGAAGGGAUCAUUCUAUUCCACUAGCCCAGGUGCUCGAUGGUUGGAAGAUAUUUACUUCUCAUCAACAUGGAGCAGGAGGAAUUCAUAAUGAAGCAAGCAGGGCCACAAUUGAGACCGAGAUCGGCACAUCCGAUGAUAACGAAGCCAUCUUAAGAAUACUGGACCGGGGCGAAAUCCAGGAGAACGUUAAUACUGAGCGACAGGGCAUCCGGAAUGAGUCUCAAGGCACAAGGGGGAUAUACUAAGGGUAUAAGCCAAGGAGUGUCUGGCAGGAUAAAUAUACAUUGUCAUUCACCCAUCCAGGCAAAAAUCCUGAAUGACAGUCACUGGCUGCCAGAAACUCUUGUCUCUGUUUCUUUACCUGUGUCAUCUCAAUCUUCCUAUCGUAUUAUAUUAUGGAUCCUCUGAAAGCCAGACUAAGAUAUCUACGAUCCUUGUCUUCUGCCAAUACAUAUUAGUUAGCUAGAUUUAUUUGCACUGUCGUAUGUGUGAACUACGG